GUAACCCCUACGAGUGUCAACACCCACACAACUCUGCAUCAAUUAGCGCUGUCACUGAACGAGUUUGCAUAAUUACACGCUGUCAAGGUAUACAAAGGAUUGAAUCGCAAAAGAGACUUUGCGCCGUACCUUGUUUUAGUUCCACAGCCCUUCACCACGUCUCCGUCACACCACUCUGCUUCAUCCAGGUAGUUCUUGCUUUUCUCAUCAUUUGCAUACGAGUCCCCGCUGCUUCUAGACUUACGCCCCCCCGGAACUUUUUUGCACCCUUCCUCCUGCAAAAUACCAACCCGUCUCAGACUUUACAGCAAUACUACAUCCAGGAAUUAACAGCUUUUGUUAUACACAAUGGAGCAAUCAGAUCUGACGCCGAGGGAGGUUUCUGCCCAGGGACAAAUCCCCACACACAUACCCGGACAAGGACAAAUAACCGGACACGGGCAGCCCACACCUGGGUCAAUGCCUGCCCAUAUGUCGAUGUCCGUUCCGACCAAACGUAACUCCCCCAUCGAUCCACUUCAGGUCACCCGCUCGCUCGGCUACCAAACGUUCCGGCGCGAGACGCGCCAGCCUUGGACAAAAGCCGAAGAUGCUCUCCUCAAGAGCCUCGUAGAAGAGCACUACAACCCCAAGAUCGACAUGAUCAAGUGGGACGUCAUCUCCAAACGCCUCGACUCGCGCAAGCCCAAAGACUGCCGCAAGCGCUGGUCGAACUCGCUCGAUCCGUCGCUUCGCAAGGGCAAGUGGACGGCCGAAGAGGACAAGGCGCUUCUCCAGGCAUUCGGAAAGUGGGGUACAUCGUGGCAAAAGGUCUCGCAGGACAUUGUGGGGCGGACAGACGACCAGUGCGCCAAGCGGUACAUGGAGGUACUCGACCCCAACACAAAGGACCGGCUUCGCCCAUGGACGCGAGAUGAGGACUUGGAAUUGAUCAAACGGGUAAAGAAGUACGGCACCAAGUGGCGGACUAUCAGCAUGGAAAUGGCGAACCGGCCGUCGCUCACGUGCCGCAACCGCUGGCGUAAGAUCGUCACGGACGUGGUACGAGGCAAAGCUGACCAAGCCAUUGUUGAAGAGGUCAACUUGAUCAACAACGGGAUUGGGUACGUGCCCGAACCGAAGCCUAGCCCCGAAGUAAGCCCAAACGGAGUCAGUCCGAUUGGAAUCAGCCCAGGCGAGGCGACGCCUCACACCCCGUAUGCAUCGUCGCACUCCACUCCCAACGCGCCGUCGCCAUUUCCGUACUUGUCGCCACCACACAUGCUCCAACCACCACAGACGUCCAACCUUCGCUUUCUGUCACAGUCACCGCGGCCAGUGGAGACGCGCACCGAGUGGAAGUAUUCGGCACAGACAGCCAGCGGUGAGCCCGUACCGCAGGGCUUUGGCGAUAUUGUAGACCAAGACUCUGCCGCACGUUUGAUUGCCGUUGCCAAGAGCCACGGCCUUAGCAUCACUAUCCACCAGCACAUUCACCACCAUUACGCGCCGCUGACCAACCGCAACCUCCUCGAGCCUGAGACUCAGUUGAACCGCUACCAGCACUUCAACUACCUUCCUCCGUUGGCUGAGGUGCCAAAGCUCACGUCUCUGGCGACGUCGCCUGCGGGUUCGUCCAACGAAGACAAGGGCCAGCGCAGCGACUUAAUGAAAUUGCUUAACAAUGACAAGCUCCAGCAGCCGCGGCCGUUCCACCCGGCGGCGCUGCGCGUCUCGCCGGGGCCAAGCGAGCGCCCAUACAAGCGGGCAAAAGCUGAGUACGAGCGCAAAACGCCGUUGUCCCAGGCUGCGUACCCUGCGAAGUCGCCACAAUACGCCAAUGCCGAGGAGCUCGACGAGGAGCUCGAUUUCUGGGAGACAAUGCGCUCGCUCACAAAAGUGACACAAGUGCAGACCCGUCCGCAGGUGCAGGCUCAGUCACAGCACCAGUCACAGAAUCCGCCACAGCUUCAGCUUCGGCCCCAUCCUCAGGUUCAACCUGUGCAUGCCCCGGCACCCGUAUCGCAGCACCAUCCGUUGCACUACGCAAGCAAUAUUAGUGACUUCUACGGAUCGAAUUUCAUGUUUGAGGAGGAGGCGGAUGUGGAUGAGGACGUCUACGGGUUGUUCUACAGUAUCGAAGCAAAGAAGCCUGGAGAAGAGGAGAGCCGCGGGGUGCUUCCGUUCAACCCGAGUUAGAUAAUAGAUGAUAGAGGCGAAGUUUUGUAGAUGGGGAUAUAUAAGGGUGUUGAGCGAGCUAGUCAGAGGAUAUAAAGUAAUCAGUGAUUUAAAGAUGUUUAGGAGACCAGUG